CACGACUCACGGUGACGGGUUGAGACGCUGCUCCUCGAGCAUCGUUUCCCCGGCAACGGGGCCUGAGCAGCCUGUGGGGUUUUUCAGGGAGUCGGGGGUUCAACGGCAUACUGUGAACGGGCGGUUCUUUCGCCGAUGAAAGAUGCCCCGGGCUAGUGACACUCUCUGGGAUAUAGCUGUGGCUCAAGUUUCAAAGAAAAACGAGGAGAAGGAAAAUGAAGGAGAUCUAGAAGUCAAGGAGAGAUCUGUAUUCUUUUUGGGAAAUAAAACUGGUGGAAAAACUACAAUUAUACUCCGAUUUCUUGACAGGGAUGAAAUCCCGAAGCCUACGUUAGCUUUGGAAUAUACUUUUGGAAGAAGAGCAAAAGGGCAUAAUACUCCAAAGGACAUUGCUCACUUUUGGGAACUAGGUGGUGGAACAUCAUUAUCUGAUCUUGCUCAGAUUCCAAUCACCAUCGACAGCAUAAGGACCAUUUCUAUUGUUUUGGUUUUGGACCUUUCCAAGCCCAAUGACCUAUGGCUAAGCAUGGAGAAAUUGCUGAAUGUGACAAAGAACCAUAUCAAUACAACCAUAAAUGAACUGGGCAAGAAGGAUUCCAUAAAUGUAAAUGAUUUCAAGCAAAAGACCUGGAAAACAUUGCAGCGGAAUCACCCGGAUUGGGAACUAAUUGAUCCAUUUCCCAUUCCUCUUGUUAUAAUUGGGAGCAAAUAUGAUAUAUUUCAGGAUUUUGAAUCUGAAAAGAGGAAAGUAAUCUGCAAAACACUCCGCUUUGUGGCUCAUUAUUAUGGAGCUUCAUUGUUGUUUUUCAGCAAUAAAAUGGAAAGCACAAUAUCUAAAAUGCGGACUAUCCUGAAUCAUUUGGCAUUCGGUACUGACAGAAGCAAAGCAGUAUCUGUUGAGUACAAUAAGCCACUGUUUGUUCCGGCUGGUCUGGAUUCACUGAGUCUGAUUGGGUCUCCACCAGCUACUGAAAUUGACUUAGGGAAGAUAAAUGCACGGAAUCCUGUUGAUCUGUGGAAGAAAGUAUAUGAAAAGCUGUUUCCAUCUGAGACCUUUGCCAGCCAAUCAGGGAUCCUACAGAUUGCCUUCGGAGGCCAAUUUUCAAAGGGGCUGAUAGUGAGUUGGUAAGUCAGGUCUCGUGGAGAGGAGAGCUGAGGGGAGAGGUCGGAGCCAGGAACAGAAUGGCUUUCUGUGGCCAUCUCUUUGCCCCACCCAUCCAUGCCCUGAUUGGUCCCAGCUUGGGAUAAUAAGAGACCUUCACUAACAGCCCAACCUGACCAGCAAGUCACCCUGAUUUUCCAGUCAAGAAACCGGCCAUUUAUCCUACUUGUUGAGAAGACAGGAAAUUGGACUCAAUAGUGGGUUGAAGCUCUAAUGGCCUCUUUAGCCACUUACUGACCACUUUAAGGACCUUAAGAAUUGAGAGGGUCUCAACUUGAUGAAUUGCUGAGGUGGCCCGAAGGCCAGUAUUUCUCCAGGGCCAAUUUUUCCAAUUAUUUGCUCUUCUCUCAAAUAGGUGCAGUCGUUUUAAUGAAUGUCCGGUAAGGGGCUUCAUGACAACCCCAAAGUAAUUUUUGGAUGGAAUGAUGUUCAGACAAGAUCCUGUCCAUUUAUUGUAUCAGCUUAAGUGGAUAUGCAAAUUUUCACAUCACACUAAAACAAUAUGAUGCUCAAGCCAAUAUUCGAGACAAAAAGACUGCAGUUACUGGAAUCUAAAAUAGACAAACAGGAGCCUGGAAGAACAUAGCAAGCCAGGCAGCAUCAGGAGGUGGAGAAGUCGAUAUUUUGAGUCGAGACCCUUCACCAGAAUUGGGGAAGAGGAAUAGAGCUCAAAUAAAU